CCCCCCACACACACACACACACACACACACGCUCCUCACUAACCGUAAUUUGGCCGUGAGGGGGCUGGUGGAAGACAUGUUCCAAAAUGGCGGCAUGUUUAGAGUUUGAAAACAUUCUUCUUGUCACGGAUUCGUACAAGGUCUCCCAUCACAGACAAUAUCCAGAUGGGACGUCCACAGUCUUCUCCUAUUUUGAGAGCCGUGGAGGAAAGUUUCCAGAAGUGUGCUUCUUUGGCCUUCAAUAUAUUAUCAAGAAAUGGCUCUUAGGUAAGGUAGUCACAGAAGAGAAAAUCCAGGAAGCUAAAAGUCUAUACAAGCUGCAUUUUGGCUCAGAAAUAUUCAAUGAAGAGGGGUGGAGAUACAUACUGGAGGAGUAUGAUGGACACCUGCCAAUCAGAAUAAGAGCCAUCCCAGAAGGAACAGUUGUCCCUGUUAAAAAUGUGCUAUUCACAGUGCAGAAUACAGACUCCAAAUGCUUCUGGUUAACAAACUGGGUGGAGACGGUAUUGGUACAAUGCUGGUAUCCUACUACAGUAGCAACAACAUCUAGAGCCCAGAAGCAGAUUAUAGCUCAGUAUCUUUCAGAGACUGCAGAUUCUUUAGAAGGACUUCCCUUUAAACUUCAUGAUUUUGGCUUUAGGGGAAGUACGUCAGUUGAGUCUGCCUCAAUAGGAGGAGCUGCCCAUCUUGUCAACUUUUGUGGCACAGACACGAUAGCUGGUAUUGUUAUGGCAAGGAAUUAUUACGGUUGUGAGAUGGGAGGUUUCUCAGUCCCAGCUGCAGAGCACAGCACGAUCACCACAUGGGGUAAGGAUGGAGAAGUUGAUGCUUUUCGGAACAUGUUACUCAAGUUUCCUACAGGUAUUAUGGCAUGCGUCAGUGAUAGUUAUGAUAUCUGGAAUGCGUGCACAAACAUCUGGGGGCAGCAGUUGAAGGAACUAGUGGUCAGCAGGGAAGGCAAAGGCACUCUAGUGGUACGACCUGACUCUGGGGAUCCUCCAAAGGUUGUUGUUAAAGUUCUGAAUCUGCUGGGUAAAGCCUUUGGUACAGUAAAAAAUUCCAAAGGCUUCCAUCUUCUCCCUCCAUAUAUACGAAUUAUCCAGGGGGAUGGGAUAAGCUACGAGACUCUUGGCACCAUACUAGAGAAUAUGAAAAGAAACAAAUGGAGCGCGGACAAUAUCGCCUUUGGGAGUGGAGGGGCACUUCUACAGAAAAUGGACCGGGACACACAGAAGUUCGCGUACAAAUGCUCGUAUGCUGUAGUUAAUGGAAAGGGGGUAAAUGUUUUCAAGCAGCCUAUUACCGAUCUCGGCAAGAAAUCAAAGAAAGGCCUACUGUCACUGGAACUCGACGAUCAGGGGAAUUACUGUACGGUGCAGGAAGGCAAAGGUGACCCUGACAAGGAUCUGCUUGUCACUGUCUUCGAGAAUGGAAAGCUCAUGAAGGAAUACACGUUUGACGAAGUUAGGAAAAUUGCAGAAAUCCCCAUUGUCCGACAGAAGGCAUCGCAUUGAGGAGUUAAUUGUUUGAGAAAAAGAAAACGUCAUGGUAAAAUUGAUGGUUUUUGAUCGGGGUUUGUUAUGAAGAAAAUGUUCGUAACAACUGGGACAUUGCAGUUUCGUGUUCACUCCUUACUUUUCCGUCCUCAAUAAGUUUCGUAACCCACCCUUCCAAGUAUAACUUAAUUUCACAAGUUACGUUAAAAAUGGAAUCACGUGUCACGAUAUGACUAAACAAUGGCUUCACGUGUCAAGCUAUGCCUAAACAAUGGAAUCACGUGUCACGCUAUGCCUAAACAAUGGAAUCACGUGUCACGCUGUGCCUAAACAAUGGAAUGACGUGUCACGCUUUGACUAAACAAUGGCUUCACGUGUCACGCUGUGCCUAAACAAUGGCUUCACGUGUCACGCUAUGCCUAAACAAUGGAAUCACGUACUACGCUGUGACUAAAUAAUGACAUCACAUGUAUGUCGCUAUGGCUAAACAAUGACAUCACAAAAUGUCUCGUUGGAUUACAUCAUAAGGCGUCAAGCAAGUUGUCAAUUGAAAGCUAACACUGAAUUUGACUUUCACAUCCAAUCAUUAGCUGGUAAUUGGAGUAGUUGGAAUAUGGCAUCAAUCAGGGGUCACAGAAGGUCACGCAAGAACACGUAAGGUCACAGCAGUCGCUGUUAGGCCGGAAGCACAAGAUAAAGACAAGAAACCCCUCCAACCAGAUGACGGGCUUCCUGUUUAAUUCGAUCGCGAAAGCGAGGCUUUGACAUGUUGCUUACACCUUAUUCACAACUUCUUGCUUGUUUGAUUUCUCUUGAAGCUUAAAGGCUGGUUUAGACAGCACAAUUUAGUCGUAUGCGGCCUGCCUACGACGACAUGUCUUGCCCUGAAUUACACACUACGACGUUUGUAGGCUGAUUUACACUCCUCUACGACUCGAGUUGUAGAAGUGUUGUAGGUAAAUCGCAUACGACUAAAUCGUGCUGUCUUAACCAGCCUUUACACGACUUGAAAGCAGUGAUUUGUUAAAACAAAAUCAAAAGUUUCAAAAGGUUGAAAUGAGCGACUUAAGUACCUUAAAUACCUAACUUAAAUUGGGGGAGGACCUUAAAAUUAAAUACAAGCUUUAGGGAAGUGCUUUUUAACUGUAGUACUUUCCGGGCCAACUGAAAGUCUGAUUCCUUGAUCACUGGAAGUAGGAUACAUUGUCAUCGAAUCCAAAUAUUAUUGAAAUUUGUGUAGAAAAUUAAACUCUAACCGAAUAAAAUAUUCCUAACCCUAAA